UUGUCUCCUAUUUCGCUUUGGAAGCGUUGCUAUUUUGGAGGCCGCCGCAUCCUGUACCACCCCGCUCGCCGUCUGUUCUGCUGCAGCACUGCUUUUCCACACUGCUGCACGAACGUCACGCACAACGCCUCCGGGAGAAAAAUGGCGCCACCGCAGACGGUGGCUUGCGCGCAGACUACAGAUCAGCAGAUCCCGGUUUGGUUGUGACGCGCUGAGCGGAGAUGGCGGCGUCGCUAACGGCGAGGAACGGUUUUUCCGCCAGCUUCGGCGGAAGUGGAGCCAGCAACGCCUCUGCCAAGGGAACAACAGCAUUCGUCAACAGGGCGUUCGAAUCGUACGAGCGCUCUGCUAACGACGGCACCGAUGUCGCCAAGACAGUGUACCCCAGCUACGGCUCGGCGUUAUGGAAAGAUGACUCCGAGGCCGCCAAAUCGAAUGACGAAGCGAAGGCACCGGCCGGUUGCUGGGAAAAGUUCAAGCGCGACGCCUGGCUACUGCCUCUGGUGCACAGCGAGUUCUGGAUUUCAGCUGCCUUCUCCCUUAUCCAGCCCUUCUACCCAAUUCUGGCUUCUUCAAGAGGCAUAGAAGCGUGGAAGUAUGGAUUUGUAUUCUCUCUUUUCAAGGUAUUUAUGCUCAUAGGAUCCAUCUCCGCAGAAAAAAUGAUUAACAGAAUCACUCCCACAGCCUGUUAUCUAUUCGGGCAAGGAGGAUUCUUCAUUUUCACAAUCCUAUUCGGUUGCCUCUACUGGGCCCCCGGAGGCGAUGUCCUGCUUGGCCUGUCCAUAGCAUGUGUCACUCUCGGAGGCAUCACCAACACAUUCUACCUCGUCAGCAUGUUCGCCGUCUUCACGACGCGCUUCCCAAAAUAUAGAGGAGCUAUAAUAGCAUUCCUAGAAUUCCUCUGGGGAUCUGGCAACAUGGUGGGAUCGGCUAUUGGUGGCGCUCUAAUUGAUGCAUGGGCUUACCCACUACCGUUCUUCGUGUUAGGAGCCAUUACGAUGCUUUCAUUUCCUGUAAUAGCAAGAUUUAGCUCCAAGCUCAAUCAAUACUCAGAGGAAGAACAUGCCGAUUCGUCUACGGAAAAAGGCAGCCAGAGCAGGAGUUACUACUGGCUUCUCAUUGAUCCCGUAUUCCUCGCCGACAUGGUGACACUCAUGAUGAGCUGGGUCAUUCUGGGAUUCAACGAGCCCACGCUGGAACCCAGCCUAGAAGACUUCAACCUCAGUGGCACUAUACUGGGCAGUGUGUACACGGUUCAAUUCGCCAGUUAUUCCUUGGGUGGCUUCAUUGCCGGUGCCUUCUCUCAUUAUGAGUUGGAGAAUUUCUACGGCAUGGUGGGCCAGCUGUUUACCAUAGUGGCGUAUCUUGUUAUAGGACCUGCGCCAUUCCUGCCUUUUACUCGGACGCUAGCACUCGUUUAUAUUUCGCAAGUUUUCACCGGUCUGGGAAUGUCAGCUCAGUUUGUCUGCGGAUAUUGCCACGGACUGAAACGUGCUGUACAACGUGGUUACCCCGACAACUUGCGCACAAAUGGAUUUCUUUCAAGUACAGUGCUCACAUUUGCAGUAUUCGGGGCGAUGGUGACGCCUCCAGUUGCCGGCUACGUUGUCGAGUUGUACGGCUACAGGAAAGGCAGCAUGCUUAUGUUUGGACUACUGGUUAUAUGGGCGCCUGCCACUAUAGCUCUCUGGCUGCACUCUGUCUGCGGUGCGAAUAAAGGAAACGUAGCGUCGAAAACUUCCUCGGCAGCUCUGAAUCAAGCUGGAACCUCGACGACGGACAUCUGAGUUCCUAGACCGCUGAAUUCGUUGAACGCAUUCUCUUCAUUUGUUCCAUCUGUAUUAAUAAAUUACUUUUCCAUCAA